UGAUGAAUAAAAAAACCGAAGCUCUGAACAAAAAAAAUCCCCCGCUAUUUCGCUUGUUUUUCUGAACUAUCCCUGUUUCGUGUCUCAAACACAGUUUUGGUUUUGGUCUUUGUGUUCUCUCUCUCUCUCUUUCUCUUUCUCUUUGUGUCUUUGCCUUUGGUACUAAGAGCUUUUCCUUGUCCUUAUUUUUCUUGUUUCCUGUUCCAUCUGCCAUGAUUGGAGGCAAAGAUCUUGUUCCCAAUGGCGUUGACUCCGAGAGUGAGAACUCAAGGAACAAGGUGCAACAACAUCAGCAGCAUCAUGGUUUUGCUCAUGCUAACAAGGAACACCCUCAAGAGAAAAAACCGAGUUUUGAUGAGUUUCGGUCAACAACACCCUCAAAGUUUGCCACUUCUGGGAUGCAAGAAUUGACCCUCAGCUAUCUCUGUGAGAAUCCAAAAUUGGGUCUUGCUGAGAGAGAGGUUGGUGAUAGAAGCUUGGUGAAGGGCAAAGAAGUUGUUGUUUAUGGGAAUUCAGAUCAAGAUGAGAAAUGCCAAUCUGGGUUGGGUCUGACAGAAGGGGUUAGUCUCUCGCAGCGUGACGAAUUAAGAUUUAAAACGUCGUUGGGAGAGGUGUCCCCGUUUAGUGUGCAACAGUACUUCGAACAGAAUUGUCUUCGAAGGAAGAUAUCCGUGGGAAACCAAAACCAAAAGCAAGAUCAAGAUGAGAAAUGGGUAGAGAGGGAUUUCUUGAGUUUGAGUGAGACAAGGGAGAAUUCUUCAAAGAGAUCCAUGGAGGAAGAGUGUGAAAGGGAGACGAAUGGUGGCAGCAAGAAGCAGAAGCUUGAGACUCUUAGCCUCUCUCUUGCUUUGCCUGAUGUGUCGCUCUCUCUCACAGCCUCCAACGCUUUGCAAAAUGGCGACCAACUCGUUAGGCCAAAGCCUAGUAAGCCAUCCACAAGGACCACAACUACUAUCAAUUCAUGUUCAAAUGAUUACACAGCAGCUUCUGUGUCUCACUCUUACUCUCACCCUUUCUCACACAACCAAAGUUGCUCACUCACCCGAAAUUCGACCGAGAAUUUCGAGUACUCACACAGCAAAGAUGAUCAAAUUUGGCAUUGUGGGGAGGGGACUAAUGGCUCGGUUCAUAGCAGGUUCAAGCCAAUUGGAGAUGGGGUUGCUUUGGUCAAUCAUUCCUUCAUGCAAGGGAAUAGUCAGUAUAAGGCUACUAGCUCAGAAAACCAAUCUGUUUUCCCUUCAGAAUUGCCUGCAAGAAUGAGAUUUGAAGCCAAGUCAGAGGGCUCAAGAGGAAAGAAUUCUGGGAAUUUAAGAGGGUUGGAAGGUGUGGAUGGUGGGAAAAUGAAAUUUUCUACAUCAGAGAGAGUUCUAAGAGAGAUUGUGUCUGAGUCUAUCCCAGCCAUGGCAUUGACAUUUCAGGAGUUCACUGAAGAAGUCAUAACUUCAAUUAAGGAAUACCUGAAAGGUCUCAUUGAAAUGCCAGAGAAGAAAGGAGAACUAGAGAGCCUCCAGAACCGGCUCGGCCGAAGAUCUGACCUCACCAGAGAGACUCUUUCAAAGUGUCAUAAGCAGCAGCUGGAGAUUUUGGCUGCUAUCAAGAUGGGGCUUGGGAGCUUCUUGUCCGGUAAGUUCCAAUUCGCGGAGACAGUGGAUGUUUUCUUGUACAUGAGGUGUAGAAAUGUGAACUGCAAGAGCUUGCUUCCUGUUGAUGACUGUGACUGCAAGAUGUGUUCAGGAAAUAAGGGGUUUUGCAGUUCUUGCAUGUGUCCUGUUUGUAUGAGCUUUGAUUAUGCAAGCAACACUUGUAGUUGGGUUGGUUGUGAUGUUUGUUCUCACUGGUGUCAUGCUGCAUGUGCCAUUCAGAGGAAUCUAAUCAAACCUGGGCCUAGUUUGAAGGGUCCUUCUGGGACCUCUGAGGUGCAGUUUCAUUGUAUUGGCUGUGGACAUACUUCAGAAAUGUAUGGUUUUGUCAAAGAUGUCUUUGUGUGUUGUGCCAAGGAUUGGGGGCUAGAAACCUUGGCGAAAGAGCUUGACUGUGUGAGGAGGAUUUUCCGGGGAAGUGAAGAUCGCAAAGGGAAGGAAUUGCAUAUUAAAACCGAAGAUAUGCUGUUAAAGCUUCAAGCUAAACUGGUUUCUCCUUUAGAUGCCUGCAACCACAUCAUACAGUUUUUCAACUACGUGGAUGGCGUGUCAGACUUUCCUGCUUCUGCUAUAUCCUCAAAGGAUUUGUCAACAUCUAAGGCUAACCUUGCAAUGGACACAACAACAUCAUCUCUUCCACAAUCUACUUCUCUAAUACAAAAAUACACUUAUGACAUGAGCUACACUAGGUCAAAUGAUCUUCAACAAAAAGACCUCAAAUCCUCCCUCUUAAGUGAACAUAAAAAUGAGAGUGAUUUCCACUUAGAGGCUCUAUUAGGGAAAGGAGGAGGGCUUGAAAGCUUGGAGAGCAUCGUGCGGAUAAAAGAGGCCGAAGCGAGAAUGUACCAAAACAAGGCAGAUGAGGCAAGGAGAGAGGCAGAAGGGUUCCAGAAGAUGAUCAAGACAAAGGCUGCACAGAUGGAAGAAGAGUAUGCAGAAAGGAUUGGCAAGAUUUGCUUGAAUGAGGCAGAGGAAAGGAGGAAGAACAAAUUUGAUGAACUCAAUGUCUUGCAAAAUUCCCACUACGAUUACUUCAACAUGAAAAGCAGAAUGCAAGAUGAGAUCCAUGGUUUGUUGAAGAGAAUGGAAGCAACAAAGCACCAACGGGUUUAAUAUACAUAUUUUCUUCUUCUUCUUGUUUAAUGUUUUACUGUCUAGAACACUAGUAAAAUGUGUGUACUUUAUUGAUCUAGUGCCGAUUUGUAUUCUGCUGUUUCUUAUCAUUCAGAAUAGAUACCUUUCUAUUGAUAAAUUCAAGAAUCAAGUUUUUCCUUCUCAAAAUUGAGAGGGGCUUAAACGUGAAUUUAGCCAUGUCCUUCAUGAGAGCUUGUAA